UGUGUGUGGUCUUCUGUGGAGUGUUUCAUCUGUCGGCAAUGAUCCGGUCAACAGCAGUCACACAGGACACUGGGGUUAACUCCGUCAGUGUUGGGGACAAUGUGACUUUACAUUGCUUCUACAGCAGCCAAGUCGCCAUGCACUUCUCCUGGUACCGACAAACCUUAGGAGGCAGACCUGAGCUCCUGUCUAAUAUUUACAAGCAUGAUAAACAAUCCAAAGUCUUCCCCUGGAUGGAGAAGAACCCUCGUUUCUCUGUGAAAAGGGAGCAUGGGAUUAAUAAUUUAGACAUCGCUGACGUUCAGUCCUCCGAUUCAGCUACAUACUUCUGUGGAAGCUCACACUCCAACAUAGUGGAAUUUGGAGAGGGUAUCUUUCUAAGUGUUAAAGGAACCAACCACAAGAAAGUAGUCCAGGGCCCAGUAUCUGAGACCAUCGAGCCAGGAGGCGACGUGACUCUCAACUGUACCGUAGACACUGGUUCCUGUGAUGCCGAACACAGUGUUUACUGGUUCAGACAAGAAAGUCGCCAAGGAAUCCUUCACGUGCAUAAGAACAAGGGUCAACACCUCUCCACAGCAGAGUCUCCUUCACAGGGCUGCGUGUACCAUUUGAAGAAGACCAACCUGAGCUCCAGUGAUGCUGGGACCUACUACUGCGCUGUGGUCUCCUGCGGGGAGGUGCUGUUUGGAAAUGGGAGCAAGCUUCUCGUCAAAGCUGAUGUUGAAUACCAAAAGCAACAGAUAAGAAUCUUAGUCUGGCUUUCCAUCAUCAGAAUUGGUGUCAUCUUCUUCUUUGUAACUAUUUGUUUCUUGGUUUAUAUCAGUAAGGUCUGGUGAAGUCUUUAAUACACAUUUGAAUGUUGACUUUGCUCUGAAUCUCUAUAACAGUUAAGAACUGCUAGCAACAAAACUUUUGUUUUAUGUUGGUUGUAUUGUUCUUUUAUUAAGAAAAGCAACUUUUUUAACAAACACAUAAUCAAUAAAAAAAUAUAACUAUCAAAGGAGAGUGUGAGAACAGUGUGACUCUAUUUUCUAAAGGACCCUUAAGCGGUGUUCAGGUU